GCCGUCACUUUGCCAGCGCUGCUGAGAAACCAAAGACGCCCCAAACCCCGCAGGAGGAGGAGAACGCGAAAACCCAAACAAAGUUUUGCAAAACAAGACGAGGUUUGGCAUCCGUGCUUGCUCAAGGCUGGAAUUUGCAGCUGGCUUUUCUUAAAGGAAAGAACAAGGAUCAAGGAUGUUUCUGAAAAUGCAGCUCGUCCUUUUCCUGAUUGGGAGUCUGUCUCUCCAUAUCGUUGCGGAGGAAGCAAGUACCACUUUGCCGGAGGAAGAAACUCUGACUGCUGAUGCCCAAGACGGCACAGAAGUUCCCACCCUGGCCCUGAUGACCUCAGACAGCAUCCUGGCAACCAGUGAGGACGGCGAGAACUCGACCGACCUGGGAGUUCCAGAAACAUCUGAAGAAGGCCUGGAAACGGCUGCCCUGGUCGGCAUCAUCGUCGGCAUCGUCAUCGCGAUCGCCGUGGCUACUGCAAUCAUCGUGACGGUGGCAAAGAAGGUCUCGGGCAGGCCUUGAAAGUCAUCAGCGAGAGGGGACGAGCCGCAUCCGCAUUUGCCUCCUCCUCUCCAAGCAGCUCUCCUGUGCGAACAGUGGAAGACGGUCCAGGGAACGGCGGGGAGGACGUGCCAGUCCACGGGGAACCCACACCAAUUCCUGGCAUGAGGCUUUAAACAUAUACCUGCGAAAAUGGGACACUUGCUCACCUACCCUCAAUAGAAAAGGAAUGGGGGAGACGCCACAGUAGGAAAGAUUUUAACCAGAACUGUUUGCCUCCACCAUGUGGUUUACAGGUAAUAACCCCAAAUGUUGCUAGCGGAGAGUCAUCGAAGGGCUGCAACAAGACGGCUUCCGCGCUUGGCACCUGCAAGGUUCUGUUGGUUUUAUCUUGCUUUUCCAUUCGGAGCACCUUCAAGGGACCGGGCCUCCGUGUGGCAGGUUGGGUCGGAGGCCCCACGGACAAUGCAGGGCUGGCUUUUUUCAUCAAAAGCAUUAGGCAGCGCUGCCUGGAGGAUGCCCCCAGCGUGGGGACCAUAGAAGACAGGAAGCCUGGAGCCGGAUGUCCCACUGCUUCAACAUGGCAGACGCUGUGCAUGUUCCUAGAAGACGUCUCAAGCGGGGCUGCUGCGAUCUUCUCUGGAAAAUUCUGAACGGGAGGGACUCGGAUUUUGUGGUCAGAAUAAGCCACGACCAAAGCAGGCUCCUUCCAAUUUGCUUUUGAGGUUCAGUUUUAUUCCACUGAAUUUUUUAAUUCAAUGUCAUUUCUGUACGGCCCGCUAGCUGAAGCCCUCUGGGUGGUCCAGACACAAACACAAAAGAUAAAAUCC